GAAGCAAGCUCGAGCAGCAGCUACACCACCGGCCUAGUCACUCCGUGCUAGUUAGAGCGAGCGAGCAAUGGCGGCAUCCAGGACGAGCAGCAUGGCCGUGGCAAUGAUGGCGGUCGUGGCCGUGCUCCUGUGCGCGGGCGGGCGGCCGGCGGAGGCGUGCAACGGCCACCCGUGCCCGUCGCCGGCGGGCAAUUGCCCCGUGAACGCGGUGAAGCUGGCGGUGUGCGCGGACGUGCUGGACGGGCUGAUCCACGUGGUGCUAGGGCAGUCGCCGCCCAAGCAGCCGUGCUGCUCCCUCAUCUCCGGCCUGGUGGACCUGGAUGCCGCCGCCUGCGUCUGCCUCGCCAUCAACGCCAACGUCCUCGGCAUCAACGUCGACGUCGACGUCGACCUCACGCUGCUGCUCAACUACUGCGACUGCAAGGUGCCCAAGGGCUUCCGCUGCGCUUGAUUGGAUCAGCCAUUGUGCAUGCAUGCGUGUGCAUGGUCAUGUACGUGUCAGGUCGUGUGUACCGUGUGUUUGGUUGUCGUGUGCUCCUACCUAGUACGUACCACAUCAGUAUCAGGUCGUGUGAAUUCCCAGCUUGUGUGCGUUGUGUUAAAAGCGACAUUUUUCUUUUUCUCCAAUAAAAAGCACUGUACUUGUACUAUGUUGUAUGGUCACGUGUUUAUUCGCAGUC